AUGGCUUCGCUCGCUGAAUGGGCCUCGGAAAUGUCGCCCCUCCCCCGGGGCGCAGUAUCAGUCUGCUCAGCUGCUGACGCAUGUCGUACUCGGAUCACGCAUCUCCCCCAUUGUCUCCUUAUAAGCGUCCCCUCAGCCGUCCGUCCGUCACGGUCCACAAACCAGCCCUCCAGAAGUAUAUAUAUCCUCGAGCUCACCCUCGUCCUUGCCCCCAGCACUGCUGGCUCACCCUCGCCCAUGAUCAACAAAACGCUCCCGUACUUUUUUGAGGACCGCUCCGGUCAAUACACCAGCUCCGACUUUGAUGACAUCUACGACCGUCUCUAUUUCCGCGUUGCGCCGCCAGACCACCAUGUCACGAGCAAAGACAGCGAGUCGACGCUCAUGGUCUUCAACACUGGUCGCCGCUCCUCCAGCCACCGCGACCAUCGCCCACCAAAGCGCAGUCCGUCGGUGAUACUCGACUUUGGACCACAAGGGGCACUAGGCAAGAUAAGCUUCGUGGGCUCGUCAAUUGUACUUCCCAUGAAUCAGUAUCUGAAGAAAACGUCAAUGUUCGGGAGUUCACUCUCACGACGAUUCAGAGCUUCGGAUGGGGAGGAGUACAGGUGGUCUUACAGGAGCAUUGAGGGCCAAGAGUGGUCGUGCGUAGACUCGCGCAAUUACAUCGUCGCACACUAUAACCUGAAGCCGCCAGAGAAGCCGGUAUUCAGUACGUCUGGGAACAUCCUCACGAUCUACGAGGCAUAUGCCAACAUCUCAGUCGACAUCCUCGCUUCCUUAACGAUCAUGCGACAUAUCGCAACACAUCAUCUCUGA